AUCCAUAGACGACGGUCCGUAGAGAGAGAGAGGGGGCUAGAGAUAGAGAUAGAGAUAGAGAGAGAAAGAGUUGCUUGUUGAAAGUUGAAAGAUAUAUUAAAACUAUAUAGUCUAUCUAUAUAAAUUUAUAAAGAUUAUUAUAUGAUGAAAGGGGAAUAUGUAGAAGAGAAGAGAGAUCAUCACUCCAACACUAUGUUUGCUAAGCUCCAUCAAACCCAAAAGUUUCACCCCCACCACCACCACCCUUAUCACCAACCGCCGCCCCCGCCGCCGCCUCAGCCGACCUUCCACCACCCCUUCCAGGUCGGCGCGGCCCGGGAAUGCCAAACUUCCGAGGAUACCGACAGCCCUCCAUCCACCACGGGGAAGCAACCCAUCACCCCGCAACCAAUCUCCGCGGUGGUGGGCGCGCGGACGCCUUCGUCCGGCAACGACGGCGCGUCCAUUGAAGUGGUUCGGCGGCCGCGCGGGCGGCCGCCCGGGUCGAAGAACAAGCCGAAGCCGCCCGUGGUGAUAACGCGCGACGCCGAGCCGGCUAUGAGCCCUUACAUUCUUGAAAUACCCGGCGGGGUUGAUAUAAUUGAGUGUACGACCCGGUUCUGCCGGAAGCGGAAUAUGGGGCUCUGUAUUCUCAACGGGUCGGGCACCGUUUCCAACGUGACGCUCCGACAGCCCUCCACCACGCCCGGGGCCACCGUUACUUUCCACGGCCGCUUCGAUAUUCUCUCCAUCUCGGCCACCCUGGUGGGCCCCAAUGCCACCUUUCCGUCCCUCAUCGCCAACGGGUUCACCAUUUCGUUAGCCGGGCCGCAGGGCCAGGUGGUCGGCGGCGCCGUCGCCGGACCUUUACUCUCCGCCGGGACGGUGUACUUAAUCGCCGCCACCUUCACCAACCCUUCCUAUCAGAGACUUCCGGCGGCGGCGGAGGAAGACGGGAGGAGCUCGGGCGGCGCCGGGAAUGACGGCCCCGACCUACAGCACUCGCCGCCGCACACGGACGUCUCCGGCGGCGGCGACAGCGGCGCCGCCGCCGCCGCCGAUUCUUGCGGGAUUUCGAUGUAUAGUUGCCAUAUGCCUUCCGAUGUGAUUUGGGCUCCCACGGCCAGACAGCCACCGCCACCUUACUAGAUGGAUUUUCAUGUGACUAAUCCCUAUAUCUUUAUUGGGUGAGACAGCUGAUCUGGAGAUUUAAGGCUAUUCCAUACCAAAGUCAGGAACAACUAAAUGGAAUGUUUUGUUGAUGUUUCCUCUCAAAAGUCUUUCAUGGUACUGUGAAAACUCCGUAGAUUUUUGCUUUUAUCGCAUAUUUUAAUGUAGUUUCGCCUUUGAUUAAUUAGUUUUGUAUGAUCUCUGUACUUUCCCUCUAUUACUAUAUAUAUUAUUUAGUUUCUUGCUGGUCCUACUUGAA